GUCAGCGUCCAGCCCCCAGGUCACGACAACAAACUCUGAUUGGUCAAACGCCUCAUCCAGUGAGGCGCGAAUCAGCUGCUAUCUCUAUGGUGACGAGGGUUCCCCAGAAAUUUGUUCCGCCCCUUUAUUGUCACAUGGUCAGUUAGGUUGAGCGAGGUUGUAAACUAUGGCUGUAAAACAGCAGCUGACGAAGAUAAGACUGUAGCAGAAAAUUUAUCUCCUACAUGUUACAGGUACUACAUAGAUAAAUUAGCAUUGUUAUUUACAUGGAACAGAUCAUUGGACCUUGACCGUGUUUAAGUCACUGGCGACUGUGUCUUUUCGUUUUCAGAAAACCUUCUGGUUUUCAUAGCCUCCAAAUCAAAACUUCCACCUUUCAUAAUGACUGACCCUCAGCCAUCUGUGCUUCUCAACACUGGGACUCGGAUGCCUCUAUUGGGACUGGGCACUUUCCGUUUGCAGGGUCAAGAGGACACUUACAAUGCUGUGGACGCUGCUUUGACAGCUGGUUACCGUGCCUUUGACACUGCUGCAGUGUACCGUAAUGAGGCACAUGUAGGUCACGCCCUCCGUAGCCUGCUGCCCAAGCAUGGCCUCUCACGAGAAGAUGUUUUCAUUACAAGUAAACUAGGUCCCAAAGACCAGGGCUCCAAAGCCAGGGAUGGUUGCCUGAGAAGCCUGGAGCAGUUGGGAUUGGGCUACAUUGACCUGUAUCUUAUUCAUUGGCCAGGUACGCAGGGGCUGCAAGUGGGCGAUAAACGAAACCCUGAAAACCGUGCUGAAAGCUGGACAGUUUUGGAGGAGUUCUACUCAAAAGGAACAUUUCGGGCCAUUGGGGUGUCUAAUUACACAGUAGCACACAUGCAGGAGCUGCUGAAGAGCUGUAAAGUGCCCCCGGCAGUUCUUCAGGUAGAGUUCCACCCAAAGCUGGUCCAAAAGGACCUGAGGGCACUUUGUAAGGAAAGAGGGGUGUGUUUUCAGGCAUACUCAUCUCUUGGAACAGGGCUUCUGCUAUCAGACCACGUGGUUCUGGAUUUAGCUAAAGAGUAUGGAAGGACACCAGCCCAAGUGUUGCUGAAGUGGGCUGUACAACAGAACAUUCCAGUACUGCCAAAAUCAUGUCAGCCAGACCGUGUGGAGGAGAAUGGGCGUCUGUUUGACUUUGAGAUAAGCGAGAAGGAUAUGGAAAGGCUCUCUGCUCUUGAUAGUGGGGAGAAGUUCUGCUGGGAUCCAACACAAGUGUCUUAAAGGGUCAAUUUACCCAAAAAUGUAAUUUCAGUCAUUAAUUACUCACCCUUGUGUCGUUCCAAACCCGUAAGACCUUCGUUCAUCUUCAGAACACAAAUUAAGUUAUUUUUGAUGAAAUCCGAGAGCUUUCUGACCUCCCUAUAUACAACAAUGUCAAAACCAAUUUCAAGGCCCAGAAAUGUAGUAAAGACAUCGUUAAAAUAGUCCACGUGACUACAGUGGUUCAACCUCAAUGUCAUGAAGCUACGAGAAUAUUUUUUGUGUGCAAAAACAAAAGAAAAAUAACUUUAUUCAACAAUUUCUUCUCUUCCCUGUCAGUCUCCUACGCUGUUCACGUUGUAUACAGUACAGCGCUUCCGGGUUCCAUGUCAGAACGCUGACUCAUUAUUGGCCGACUCUGUACAUGUGAGCAGCACGACGCAUGCGUGUGCUGUUGACGCAUGAGCCAGCCAAUAAUCAGUCGGCGUUCUAAGGUAGAACCCGGAAGCGCUGCACUGUUUACGUGAACAGCGUAGAAGACUGACAGGGAAGAGAAGAAAUUGUUACAUAAAGUUGUUAUUUUUGUUUUGUUUUUGCGCACAAAAAGUAUUCUCGUCGCUUCAUAACAUUAAGGUAGUCACGUGGACUAUUUUAACAAUGUCUUUGCUCUGGGCCUUGAAAGGUGCAAUGAUGUUGCUGCCUAUGUGUGGUUCAGAAACCUCUCGGAUUUCAUCAAAAAUAUCUUAAUUUGUGCUCUGAAAAUGGACGAAGGUCUUACGGGUGUGGAACGACAUGAGGGUGAGUAAUUAAUGACAAAUGUCAUUUUUGUGUGAACUAACCCUUUAAUGAACGAAAUUUUAACAAAGACAACUCAUUGACAAAAACCUCAAUGGAGUUUCAAUGACUAAAUAAAAUUCCAAGGUUGUUCAGAUGUACAAUUUUACACCCCACAGCAUAACCUACAGUUCUUUUUAUUUCAUGCUUAGUUUGCUACUGCAUCUUUUGUUUGACAAUUCAAAAUGUAAUUGUGAAAGAGAUGUUCUGAUGCAAACAAUAUAUUAAACCAGACUUGGAAACAA